CCAGAUCCCUUGGACACGCGAUCACCAAUUGAACGAUUUCGCACGCCUCCGAAGAAGCCCCUCUCGGUCACCGACAUAGUAUCGCCUGCCUGGUGCGAACUUCAGUACUGGUACAGCUUGACCAAGUAUGGCAGGGUUCGCCGCACCGCAGCCAUGAAGCAGGGCUCUUCGGCAGCACACAAAGUCACUGGCGCACAGGUACAAAAGGCUGUCUCUGUAGAAGUUGAGACCAAAGAAGAUGCUUUCGGUUUGAAGAUCUGGAACAUCAUACAGAACCUACGAACUCUAAGGGCCACCGGACAGGCUCGCGAAUUCGAAACAUGGGCGGUUAUCGAAGGCCAAGUUGUUAAUGGUAUAAUUGACGAGCUCAGCUACGAAUGUCCUGAUGAGCAUCUUGAGGCAGAUGUGGCUCAACAACAGGAAACAAAGCCCAAAAGAGGUAGACCAAAGAAGCAGAAGGUCGCUCCUGAGAACCAACCGAACCUGGACACUUUCUUCAGCGGCUCUCAAACAGCCAAAGACCAUGAGAAAUCGUGGCUAGGCGUUCCUCAUGCCAAUCGCAGGAUAUACAUCAAGGAUGUGAAGACUCGUGGUUCGAAAAGCAUGCCCAAAGGCGAAGCGUCUUUCCGCCCCACAUCGAUGCAGCUGAUGAUGUAUCAUCGGAUGCUUUCACUGCUCGCUUCGAACUCGGUACCAGCUGAGCAAGUCUUCGCUCGUUAUGCCCUUGAUAGCAAUGCUGCUUUCAGCGACAUGUUCCUCGCUCAGCUCGGCAGUAUUGAAUCUGAACAUGGCGCCGAAGCAGCUGAGCAAGCAGAGAUGCCUGCUGAAGACCCGAUCGAUGAGUUGCUUGCUCACAAUAGCCUCGAGAAACUCUGGACGCUAAUGAUCUCGGAAUUUCAGCUCGCAAUACCAUUCUCCACUAAACCAUCAACGCCAUCUCCCAUCGGGGAUAUUCUCAUGGCCGAAUACAGAGCAUCUGGUAGUGGUUCCGUGAUAGGAUCGAAGAGCUUUGUCUACGAUUCAGAUGUCCUAGACGCCUACCUGAAAAAGACUAUGGCUUGGUGGAACGGCGAGCGGAUGCCGAACGGCGUAGAGAUCGAAGAGGCUUUCAAAUGUCGAAUGUGUGAGUUUGCCGAAGUGUGCGGCUGGCGCAAGGACAAAGUUGAGGAAGGCAUUCGCAAGGCUAGGCUUCGCAAAGAAGGCAAGAAGAAGAGCGACGUUUGA